ACCUGCAGGUACAAAUUUUCAUGUAUAUAAAAGAGAAAACAAAGCUCCCAAUUUCUUUGAAUUAUACGCAACCAGCACAAAAGUACACCCUAUUAGAAGGCCUUGUCUGGUGGAAGGACAACAAUUAAAAGAUCAGAGGGAAGAAACAAUGGCCAGUGAACGCCAUAACGACAAGACCAUGCGCAAGCUCCCUGAAGAUGAUGAAAGCCCAGUAGUAAAACAAGAAGAAGAUUUCGGCAACAAUAUCGAAAGAGGCACAAAGCCCAAUAACGUUUUGCCAACAAGCGAGCAUGAAGUUCCUGACCCUUCAAAAAAGAAUGAGACUGAAGGCCGGCUCCAUUCAAAAAAUCAUGAAGAGAUCCCAUCGGAUAGACCUCAAUUUCAAGGUGGAAAGGAUAGCGUUCCACAACAAAAGGAGAAAAUAGAUAUGCUGCUGAAGGAGCAUAAAGCUAACAAUGGAAGAACCCAAGACUCUGACCCUUCAAAAAGGAUCGCAACUGAAGAGGCCAAGCUGACAUCUAAUUAUACAGCCACAAAAAAUACACCUUUGCCGUUGUAUAGACCAGGUGAAAACACUUCGACCUUCCCCAACAACGUCAAUCCAUCGGAUAAAAAAAAAGACCCAGGAAAUUGCUGUCCCUGCUGCUCCAUAUUGUAAGUCAAGGUCUGCAUGCAGAUCAUCGAAUAUCUAGUAGUACUGGCACGUGGAUGUGUAGUCGACGAAGCUGUUGCAGCAGGAGGCCAGCAAGUCAUGAUGUGUCGACUUAAUUAAUUAUUGUAGGAGCUAGGCAAUGCCAUGAUCGUUGAUGUUUUAGGGAACAUAAAUGGAAAGAGUAGAGUACAGAUCUGGAGGCAUGCAUGUAAAGCAUGAUUCCCGAUUCAGUUUACCCUGCUUAUUUCCUAGUAUAUGUAAUAAUGAUUCUUAAGUUUAAAAAUUACGUUUUUGUAA